AUGGAGAUUAUUUAUCAAUUAUUCAAUAAAGACAUCUUACAUAAAUUUAACCUGUAUUAUAUAACCAUUAAUCUAUUUAGUAUCCAAUUGAUUUUAUCCUAUCAACAAUUGUAUCCAACUGAUUUUCAAUCAUUAAAUUUAGGUUCAUGUAUUAAAAAUGAUGGUGAUCUAUUUUGUCAAAUGUAUAGACGUAAUAGUUUUUGUUCAAUUCAACAUGAUGAAUGUUUUUGUUUACCAGGAUAUGUAUCAAUAUAUGAAAUGAAUGAUAGUUGGUAUACAUGUAAACCAUUACUUACAGAUUUAUACUGUCGUAUAGAUUCAGAUUGUUCUUAUAUUCAUGGCAGUAUAUGUCAUCCAGGAGUUGGUGCAUGCGUUUGUCCUAGUGGUUAUGAAUUUGUAUUUCAACAAUUUUCCUGUUUACCUCGUGUAAAUGACAGUUCGAAUCCGUUUUGCACAGCUUGUCAAAGAAUUGAUGGAGUAUGUGUGCUAAAUAAUAGAAAAAAUGGUUUAUUAUUGAAUAAUUAUUACCAAGAUGAUCUUCAGUGUGCAUGUCCUAGAAAACCAAACAUUACUGUUAUCAAGAAAUACUCAUUUCUUGAUAUAUGCAAUCCAAUCCCUGUUGAUAUUGGAGAAGAAUGUAAUCAUAUUAAUAAAGUAUGCCUUAGUCAAAAAGCAAUUUGUCUUGAAAAUUCAAUCAACAUACGUCAAACACAACCGACAACAAAUCGUAAUGUAAAUAUUUGUGUUUGUCAUGAAGGUAUGAUUCCAGUAUAUCAGAAGAAUUUAGACUAUUUCGAAUGUUUUGCUAUGCUACAUAAUAAUAAUACUAGUAAUAGUAUUGAUAAUACAGCAACAACAACAACAACAACAACUACUACUACUACUACUACUACUACUACUACUAAUAAUAAUAAUAAUAAUAAUAAUAAUAAUAAUAAUAAUAAUAAUAAUAAUAAUAAUGACACCAGUUUGAAAUUAAUCAUUAUCGAAGAAACUGAUCCAACGAUUAUUGAUUGUCAACAUUGUUAUCAAUCAAAUGGGAAAUGUUAUCGAUUUAAUAUUGGAUCAAUCAAUCGAAUACAAUAUCAAUAUAGUUGUUCAUGUUCAUUAUUUAAACAAAAUGAUCAAUCAUUUAGUGAUUAUUAUUAUUCUUAUCCAUAUUAUUUAGAUAUAAAUUUGAAUAAUAAAAAAAUCAAUAUUGAAUCUGAUCAGGGAUCUGAACCAAGAAAACAAUUAUCAAGGUUUCAUAUAAAAAGAAAAGAUUGUAUAGAAUAUUUAUUACAGAUUACAUGUAAUCAAGAAAGUAUUCAUAUCUGUUUUAAAAAUCCAUAUCAAACAUCAAUGAUAAGAGCCAAUCAUAGAUCACGAAGCAUUCAAGUCUACUUGGAUGCAUCAAGGAUCUAUCCUGAAUUCAUUCAACAUGAAUUCAACUAUUCUAUAGAUAAUCAAAAAUGUUACUUAAUCAAACAGAAUAAACAUAAUAAUGAUGAAUAUUGUUUAUUAGUUAAUUUUAAUCAAUUCAAUGAAUUGAGACAAUGUGGAAUUUAUGAAAUAAGUUAUAUGUAUGGAUCUGUAUUUUAUGGCACAUUACAUGCUGAAAUUGCAAAGAAUGAGGUUUCAUUACUGAGAAACGUUCAUAUUGACUUUGUUUGUCAUAUCAAUGUUUCCUAUUUGAAUGGAUCAAAUCUAUCUACUUCAUAUUUCUAUGACAGAUGUUUCAAUACAAACAUUCAUAGAAUUAAACAAAUCAUUGAUAUAUAUAAUAAUCUAAUAGAAUAUCAAUGUAUUUUAUUCAAACGAAUCAUUCAUCAUCGGACAUCGAAUAAGAAUCAUUCAAUUUGGAUCAGUCAAUCAUUUCAUUUAAACAAUAUCUCAUUAUAUAAUACAGUUUAUUCUACUUGUCUUAUACGUGUUUGUCAAAUAGAACAACUUUGUACAUAUGCUGAAUUUUAUUCAUUGAAUAGAACAAAUAAACAAUAUAAUGAUCCAUAUGUACAGUCUAAAGUGUAUAUACCAUUGAUAAUGUUGAAUAAUAAUAAUAACUAUAGAAACAAAUCGAAAUUAUCCCACUUAUUCCCGCCAAUAAAUUUUAAUAAUUUAAUACAAUUUUACUUUAUUCAAUCUACAUUGCAAAUAAAUCAAACUAAUAUUAACAUACAAUUGAAUGAUUCUAUUGAUGUAUAUUUUAAACAUUCAACUAUUAAUGCGAACAAAUCACUAGAAUAUGUUGGGAUUAAAUAUAUAUUGGGAAUUUCCAUUUUUACUUUAAUGUGUCAAAUAAUGAUAUUUUCAUUUAAACAUUUGAAGAAAUGCUACACAAAAUACAAACUUGUCAAUCAUAGAAAUCCGUUUAUAAUGACAGCGGUUACAAACGAAGUUCAACACUCUGUGAAUAGAGAUGUAAACUCUAAACAAAUUUGUCACAAUGAUUAUCAUAUUGAAAAUAGAUGUGAAUUACAUAAUACUAAUGUCAUAAUGAAUGAUAAUAGAUUAAAUAAAGAAAUAAAAGAUAUAGAAAGUGAUAGAAUUGAACAUAAUCCACUUGAUCAUCAACAACAAACUAGUCAUUCAAUGACAUGUUUAUUAAUUUAUCCAUCUAACAAAUCAAAUCAAUGUCGUCUCUUAUUCAAUAAUAACCAUAAUAAUACAUUACAUUAUACUAAUUCAUGUCUUCCAUCACCUAUUCAUUGCCAAUACAAUCAAAAUCAUCUAUCAAAGUUUAAGAUUGAUUCAUGUGUAAAAUCAAAACAGAUCAACUUACCACAACGUAUAAGUAAAUCAACAUUGAAUAUUGCUACUAAUCAUCAAAUGAAAUUAUCAACAGAACAAUUAACAUUGAAUGAAUAUGAUAAAAUGAAUCAAGUAAAUGAUAAAAAUCUGCCGCUUUUCAAUAAUUGUACACAUAGAAAUGUAUUUUUACCAACUUGUUAUCAUAAUGAUUGUUUAAAACAAAAAUAUGCUUAUUGUACAGUAUAUCAUAGUUUAAAGAAUCAAGAUUAUAAAGAUGGUUGGGUUUAA